GCUGCACAAGAACAAACUAUUGAAUCUCCAGCUGUGGCCCGGGAGCUAGGGCCAGGAUGGCCGACCAGAGGCGGGUGUUCCGGCCCUGGGUGCUGGAGCCGAUGCCCCUGGGCAUGAACUGCAAGCCUUGGUACCUCGACAAACUACCUUCCAAGUGUUUCGCAAAGCACAAGAACAGGCUUCUGAAGUUCCCCACCUCCCUGAAUGGCCGGCGGUGGAUAUUUGUGAAAGAAGGGCUGGACGACUUCAGGAAAGGCUGUCCACCUUGUGAUGGUCUAAUCACUCGUGGCCCUAAGGAGGCCUUUCUCCCCCUAAUUUCUCACAGAGUUCCUCAACCUGCCACAAGAACGAGUCAGAGAAAGCUGUCUAAGGAUGCAGGCCUGUUUUCCAGGCUCUCGCGAGCCCAGCAAGCAAGGAAGGCAUUCGUAGAGGACGUAGAAGCCAGCCUGACUCAGCAUCCCUUGGCCCUCUACCCGAAUCUGGAAGAAUAUCUACCUGCAGAUCUCUUACUAAAGGUGCUGGAAGUGCUGGAUCCUGAGAGGAAGCUGGAGGAUACAUGGGCUUAUUGUGAGGGCAAAAGGAAAAGAACCAGGGAACCCAUGAAGCCUUGUAAACAUUAUUCUAGGAAAGCCUUCCUGGGACCUCCCAGGACUCCCGCGACCCAUCCAGAAGAUUUGCUUCAGGAAGAGACGCCAACCACAGCAGAUGUUUUCGGUGAUCCUCCUCAUGAUGGUAGAAAGCUACCGAGAAGAAUCCAUAACUUCUGCAAAUGGGUUGCUACUUUUGGAAUCUUGGGCAUUGAUGAAGAGUUCAUCCUGAAACUGUUUGACUUUGGCAGUGAGUGCAAACCAACCUAUGAAGACCUACACAUGAAGAAGGUUAACGAGGUUCCUUCAGAGCUAAAGUACAGCGAUAAGCUAACGGAAUCGGAGGAGGUAAAAUUCUCCAUAGAGGAACUAGACAUCGAGAGGAAACUCCAGAAACCACCGAAUCCUUAUAAACCCAACUGGGUGAAGAUGAGGUAUGGCGCAUGGUACCUGAAGCCUAAGUUGUGGAAAAAGUUAAUAAAUGAUGAACCUUUGAUUGACCCCAAGGUCUUACUUGAAGCUGAAGCAAGAGCUCGUGAACCGGACAUUAUUGACGACCUUUAUGGAACAAUUGCCUUUAAGGAUUUUAUUCUAAGCAAGGGCUACAGGAUGCCAGACAUCCUUGAGAAGUUGUUUCUCAGGAAGGGAUGGAAAUAUGAUUCUGUUAAGACUCCUAUGGAAAGAGUAAUGAAAACUCACGCAAUUGUAGAUGAUCCAUGUGAAGAUUGUUAGAUAGUUUUCUAUGCACUACUUAAUUGGCUAUUUCUUUCUUUCAUUUUAAACAAUCAGAGUGUAUGGUGAGUAUCCCAUCAUGAAUGUAUAACUUGGGCAACAUCUGUAAAUUCAACACCUAAUGCUUAUAAACAUUUCUCAGUGAACUUCUGCUUCAGAUUCAUCAGUAUUUUAUGUAUAUCAACUAUGAUAAAAAUAUUUAUAUAUACUCUUCACAUUUUU